CUCUUUUCCUGUGGAGGAGUUAUUGCAGAUAGGUAGUGGUGGUGAUGGGUCCGUGACAAAAACCAGGAGUUUUGUUUGCUUUCUUUUGGUCCUCUUUCAUAUGGAUAUUUCCUUUUCAGUCUCAUUCUUUAGAACACAGUCUUCAGUGACACCACUGAGUCUUUCUUUUCCCUCUCAUCCUCAUUCCAUCUCCUUUCAUCAUCUAACUGCCCCUGUCAAUCUCCCCUCUCCAUUAUUUUUCUUCAGAAAUAUUUCAGUUCUCACCUAGGCUACUAUUUUUAUAGUACCCCCAGACACCACAAGCUCCCAGCGUCACAGAGCUUUGCAGAUCUCUGAAAAGUGGCCACAACCUCCUCUCUCCAAACUCGUAAAAUUGGCUGCUAUCUCCUGCUAAAGUCUGACUCCAUGCUUCCAGUCUGUUUUUGCCGUCUCAAUCACACAUUCCCACCAGUCUCUUGUAGAGUGGUUUGUAUGUUUUGUUUUUAUACAUAGCAGUGAAACUUAUUUUUGUGCUAUUUAUAAUUAGCUUUAGCCUCUGGAGUACCAAGAAGGUGAUUUUCACCGUUUUUCUUUUCCAAAUACUCCAGUUACAACAUACUGCCAGGAAAGAUGCAUUUGAGCUCUUCUGUCAAGGAGGAGCUCAACAAUAAUUAAUCUUUGUGUAAUGGUGUCCAAGCAUAGCCAUAAACAGAAUUCAUCUGAAAUAGCUGAAAUUCCUGUGUAGACUUUUGGUCUUUCCUAUAAAUAUGUUGUGAUGUUGUGUAAAUCAAGGGGGAAUAGGGACAGUAUAACUGGAAAUAAGCUUAAUCGCUGAAAAAGCUUCAGCUGACUUAACUACUCAGGCUUAUGUAAUGUGAUAAUGUGUUUCAUCUUUAAAAAUGCAAUGGAAUCUUAAAAAUAUCUGCUAAGACAUGUGAGUGCUUGCUUUCUCUAAAGAAAAUUUUAAGGCCAGACAGCCACUGUUUUUUGUUUUUUGUUUUUGUGUGUGUGUGUGUGUUUUUUUGUGUGUGUGUGUUUUUUUGGCUGAAGUACGCUGAGGAUGCCAAAUGUCUUUUAGUGCCAGAGGGGUGCCAAGAUUCUGGGUAAAUCCUCUGUUUCAUGCACCUCCCAUUUUUCCCAUGCACACAAGGACCCAUUUCUUGUAUACCUGCAGCUAUUUUCUUCUUUCUCCUCUCUGUUAAUCCCCUAGUUUUGCAAGAAUAGGAAGGACUGAGUCAUGCCAAGCAGGACUCAGCUGAUGUGAAGAUAUGUGAUUCCGGAACUGCUGCCCAAGUCUCCACCACCCAUCUGGUGCCUCAACAUGCAGGACUCAAAAAACCCUGCCAGGCCCUCCUGCUGCCUCUUUGGUGUACAUAGAAGUACUGCAGCUUUAUUGGGGUCAGGAAAGGAUUUCAAGGACGGUGUCAUUGAAACAGUUGCCAAAAUUUCAUCAUCUGUGUCAGCCAGAAGCUCUCUUCUCCUGGACCAAAGAUGGGUUUGUUUUCCUGUUGUUAUUUGGAGGCACAGUUUUCCAGCAGUGAAGUUUCUAAAGCUUUUCUUCAAGGACCUCUUUCGCAAGAGGGGAUCGAAGCACUCAAAGCUCUACAGAGACAAACCUGCCAAAGAGGAGCAAACCAGAGCAAUGUCGCUGGCGGGGGUAAGCUGCCUGGUGACCGGCGCAGGAGGGUUCCUUGGCCAGAGGAUCGUUCGCUUACUGCUGGAAGAAGAUGAGGCGCUGGCUGAGAUCCGGCUGCUGGACAAAGACUUCAGCAGGGAGGCACUCUGGAGCUUUGGCAAGUUCCAGGGCAAGACUGAGGUGAAAAUCCUGGAAGGGGACAUCCGAGAUGUGGAAUUCCUGCACCGUGCCUGUCAGGGGGUCUCGCUCGUCAUCCACACAGCUUCCAUCAUUGACACCUUGGGCCUCGUGGAGAAGCAGCUGCUCUGGGAAGUCAACGUGACAGGUACUCAGAUGCUGCUGGAGGCAUGUGCUCAUUGUAAUGUUCAGCACUUCAUAUAUACCAGCACCAUAGAGGUGGCAGGCCCAAACUGCAGGGGUGACCCAAUUUUCAAUGGUGAUGAAGAUACACCUUAUGAGAGUACAUCCAAAUUUCCUUACGCUCAGAGCAAGAGGCUGGCAGAGGAAUGUGUGCUGAAGGCAGAUGGCCAGAUGUUGAAGGAUGGAGGCGUGCUUGUGACCUGUGCCCUGAGAUCCAUGUACAUUUUUGGAGAAGGAUGCCCAUUUCUUCAAGGUCAUUUGGAUAAGUGUCUACUGAAUAAAAAUGUCUACCUGCGCUUCUCCAGGAAGGAGGCUUUAGUAAACCCUGUGUAUGUGGGGAACAUUGCCUGGGCACACGUGCAGGCAGCCAAAGCUUUGCAGGUCCCACAGAAAGCCAGACACAUCAGGGGGCAGUUCUACUACAUCUCAGAUGACACUCCUCACAUGAGCUACGCAGACCUAAAUUACGAGCUGACCAAGGAGCUGGGCUUUGCAAUUGAGCCGUGGCUCCCCAUGCCUCUGACAAUGCUGUAUUACUUCUCACUGCUAUUGGAGAUCGUGAGCUUCAUGCUCAGGCCCUUUGUCAGGUACAUCCCCUCAACCAACCGCCACCUGGUCACUCUGCUGAACACCCCUUUCACUUUCUCCUACAGAAAGGCACAAAAGGAUUUUGGCUAUGUGCCCCGUUACACGUGGGAAGAGGCAAAGAGGUACACUAGCCAGUGGAUUGCCUCCAUAGUCCCGCAGAGGAGGGAGUACUUAAAAAGCAAAAAAGCCUAAAUGCUAAGAAGAGCUGAGGCCUACCUCAGCAAGGGCCACGAGCCAGAGGGCAGCUGGGGAAACAGCAACAGCAGGUAACUACCCAGUGUUUAAUUGAAAAAAAGAAAAAAAAAAGUGUAAGGGCACCCUCAAUCAUCCCCAGAACCAAAAUAAAUAAAGGUGAAACAUCCGUUUGUUUGUCAAGAACAGUCUGAUCAGGGUAAUGUUAUUGUAUAGUCCUACACUUGGGCAGCACGGAGAUGUUGAAUAAGACUCCACACAGCCCUUCUUUUUACUCUGCACGUUCUUUAAGGCUUUUUAAAGUAAUAAAGGCACAAUUUGCCCUAGGACGAUGACUACAAUUUACAAGCAUGUAUUGUUAGUCUAUACCCAACUCAUUCAGCAUUAUGCAGCAGGCAGAAGCCACUUGAUAGCAAAAGCAGUUAUAAAUCUUGCUCACUUUUUCAGAAACGUUGUCCAGCUUUCUGUAGUACUGACAGUACAACCUGGGUGGAAAUACAGGCAGAGUAAGGCAACAACAUAAUGUUCAGUACAACAUUAUCUUUAAUGAGGGCAGUUGUGUAGAGGGAAAGGAACCAAAUUAUGUCUGUUCUUCAUCCCUUCUCAUUUUCCUAGUUAAGAUUUAUCAAAUGUGAUGGCAGCCCAUGAAAACUAUAGCUGCAACAUGAUGAAAAGGAGAAAAAUAUUGCAGGACAGCCUUGGUCACUGGAGACAUUCCACUGCAGAUUCAAGAUGUUUGAGAACACUGGAGAAAUAGCAAACAUGGCUGAAAAGAAAUAUAACACUAUUUUCAUGUUUCACCUGGGAGCAAAGGUUAACAUUAGCCAGUAGGUGCAUAUAUCCUGUUCCUGUGCUUUUUCUUCUGGCUCUGUGAAGCUUGUGUUGUAAAAGACAACAACUGGUUUUUUGCUUUGUUAUGUUUUGUCUGGGGUUUUUUUGUUUUGUUUUGUUUUUUGUUUUUUGUUUGUUUGUUUGUUUGUUUUUGGCUCAAACCUUGCUUCAUGAGGCCUUUUUGAUUUUGGAUAAGAGAUCUGUAUGUCUCUGGUAAUACUCCUCUUAUGGUUUGUUCGGUGGGAUAUCCUACACACACUAUCCCGUGAAAGUUCUAUAGACUAUAACAACACUUGAACUUGCCAAACUAGUACAUAUAUCUCUCAGCAUUUGAAUUGCUUUGGAAAUGCUCAAAUGGAAAAUUCUAUUCAUAUGUAACUUUGGAGCAACAUGUGGUGUUGCAGUGUGGUGUAGCAAUGCCUUCACUCUGCCCAAGUAGAUGUAACAAAGCCCAAGAAAUUUUCUGUACCGAUUGCGUAACCUUUAACUUUCCCUUACCCCCACCCCUCUUUCCCUGAUGCGUUCCUGAGAUCAAUGGAUGUACUACAAACCACGUUGCACCCACGGUGGUGACUGUCGCGCUUGUUUUCUGCAAAGACUCCUUGCUUUUAUUUCCUAUCUGUUUUCUACUACUCGUCUUCCCCUCCCCAUGCCCCUAAGCAACUCGGAUUUGUAAUAAACUGGUCGAGCUAA